AUGUCCAACAAAACUUUAUCACCACAACAAGAAAAGGCUGCCGAAAAGGUCUUUUUCGAAAGUGGUCUCAAGGGUGCUGCCAUUGGUCUUGGUUUGGGUCUUGCUGCUACUGCCUUCACUAUCCGUAGAUCACCAGAUUUCAGGGCUUUGAGCAAGCCUAUGCAAUCACUCAUGGCUGUAUCAACUACCACUGCUGGUUUCUUGUUUGCUUCUGAUAGAGCUGUUUCUCAAUAUGAAAAUGAUGUGCUUGGUUACACUGAUGAAGAGAUGCUUGCCAACUUACGUUCAGAUCGUGUAUCUGAUGAACACUUAUCCACAUUCGACAGAUCAUUACGUUAUUUAAACGACAAUCGUUGGUCAUUUAUUGGUGUUUCUUGGGCCGCUUCGAUGGUGGGUGCGCUAGGAUAUAGUUUCUCUAACAAGUAUCUUACAACACAACAAAAGGUGGUUCAAGCCCGUAUGUAUGCACAAGCUGUUACAAUCGCAGUUUUAAUGGCAUCCGCUACUGUAUCCAUGUAUGUUGGUGAUGAGGGUAAAACUCGUAAAGAACAACCUGAUGCUCAAUUAAGAGCUGUUCUCGAACUUCCUGAUUCCAUCUCUCCAAAGCACGAAUCAAAAAUGGUUAAACAAUCCUCUUAG